CGACUCUCCCUUUGCAGCAUAUGUUUUCUAUCUGUAGUUGCCGCUACUCCAACAGAGAAGCUGCUAGAUCUAGGCUUUGCCUUUGACUAUACCCCAACUAGCGAGCCAGUCCCGAUACCAACGACAACGCAGUGCGAUUCUUUACAUCUCUCAUGGGGCCGCGCCUCAUUCACAACAGGACCGAAUCCUGUAGCACCGUACUACAUGCAGGUCUAUACGUCGACAUUUUUGUUCCCUUCAGUCAUAAACGUUGGAAGUGAUCUUCAGAUUGAUUGGCCGGUACCGUAUGUCCCAGGGACUCAAGUAAGCAACUUAGUAAAGCCCUGCCUUAGCACUGUCUGAACAAUUGGCGUGAAGUAUCAAAUUUGUAUGUUCGAUUCGAAUGGUGUAUCCGGAGGCUGUCAGCGAAUGGAUACAGUUAUUCCUGCUGCGAAUUCUACCUUGGAUGACCCUCCUGUCUGCCAAAACUUGACUUUUCCUGCCGGUAUUUUGGAUGUGGAUGCGCAGGAUCACACUGGACCCUUGUCUCAAUACGGCUUUGUCGACCAGUGCACAGAUAUUAGCAUUACACCAAAGAACGGGACGCCACCAUUUACCUUGACGGUUGCGCCGGCUCUCCACCCUCCAUGGAAUAUUACUAGCAAUGAUAUGAGCCCUAUCAAUUGGACAGUACAGCUAUCUUGGGCAUCGCCUUUUUUCAUAUCUCUGGUAGAUGCGAAUGGGCAAACUUGGGCCAACGGCCCUCUGCAUAGUGGAGGAGAGGGUCCCACCGACUGUCUUGCUCUUGGUGCAAAGGAGUCACAGGAGUCAGGUUGUGGUCCCGAUAAAAAAGCCAUAGGUUCUGGGAUUGGAGGUCUUAUCGGAGGGUUAGUCAUCGGGAGUCUAAUCGCUUGGUUUACCCUCAAACGGCGUCGAAGUACACCGGUAAUUGAUUGCAAUCUAAGCAUUUCUGAAAAGGGGGGAGGCCGGAACGAUGGCGAGUCAAUUGAUCCGUCGUAUCCCUUUGCAGAGCAGGCAAUAUCCUCCUUUGAUCAUGCUAUGGUACCGGCGUGGGUUUCCAGAUGGCGCAGCCGUGUCGCAGAAAUACGUGGUUCUGCUGACAAUGUUGAGCCGUUUUCAAUUACGGCGGCGUCCGGCGAUGAACGUUUACCCAAACGAGGAGUUGGAAGAGGGAGCAUUUACUCAGACCAUGCGCCGCCUUGCCAAUCAAAUCGACGGAACACAAUUGGCACACAAGUUACUGAGUCGGAUCGGACUUUGACACAGGAGCGCGCGCCAACCACGAGCGGCCAGGUUUAUGUCGUUCAUCACGAUGGAGGUCACGCACCAGUUACCGUGUAUGCAUCAGAAGGUGCAGAAGUGAUUGAGCUGCCACCGCGCUACAUCCCAGAUGGUCCGCCGGUUGAAGGACACCAAGGAGCGGGUUCAAGCUCGGGGAAAGACUUGCCCGUCGACUGAGUUAUUUCGGCGGUUUGUUUUUUUAUGCAUAAUUAUUGGACCGUGCGCAGGACGCCCGUUUUCUAUGUGUCGUUAUAUGUGUCGCACCUGAGACAGUGGACAGGAUUUGUUUUUCUCCGGGUGAUGUCUGUAAUCGUUAUCUGCUGUACCUGUAUUUGGUCCAAGCGCUUCUGGGCGGUUUAUUUGUGAUGUCAAGUAUCUAAAUAUACUUUGUAAC